UCUCCUAUUGGCCGCGGUGGGAAGGAGGCGGGCCAGGUCCCCAGCAUCGCGGCCGGUGAUUGGCUGAAGUGUCGCUGGGUUUUUUGCGAAGGGAAACGAAGACAGUUAAAGCGGCGGAGUUUUUAUUUAUUUAUUUUUUUGGGGGUUGCAGAUAAAUUAUUCAAACGGCUUUUAUUAUUAUUUUUUUUAAAAAAUUACGUUUAUUAAAAGCUGUCUUUUGCGGUAGCCCGGUUUAAAAAAAAAAAAAAAAAUUUUUUUUUUUAAUUAAACCACAGAAGCGGACCUCGGGGAAAACCGGCUCGGGGUUGGGUCACAAUAACUCCUGUGUUUUGAUAUAGAAGACAGAGAGAGAGAGAGAGAGAGGAAAGGGGGAGAGAUUGUACCCCAAAUGGAAGUUGGGGGGGGUGCUUGCCCCCUCACCCAGCCCUCCCCAGACCUCACCACCCCACCAGAAUGGGAUUCGAACCCGGGGCCCAAACCUGCCUUCAAGCAUUCCUAUCGCAGACAGAGACUCAUUGUAUACAGGUCUUCGGAAGAAGGGGUGAUGGAGACCAGUAAGGAGGAGAGGAAGAGAAGGAGCAGCCCAAGACUUCGACAGGAGACGGAGAGAGGGAACGAGAGAGGGGGAGAGGGAGAGAUUCAGCAGCCGUUGUUGCGAGAGAGAAAGAAAAGACGAGCACUGGAGGGGAAAAUACAUUCUGUGGAGCAAUCCAUCGAACCUAAGUGUAAGGUUCAGAAGAAUUCGCAACCUGAGAAUACACAAGCGCCAGGCGACCAAUCGGGGGGCAGGUUGAACAAGGGGGCGGGGCUGGACAUCUCUAAAACACUCAACAGCGAAUCGGAAAGUAGCAGAGAGGAGGGGCAAGAGUCAGAGAGCCAAUCGGGGAGAAGCUUGGCUGUGAUUGGUGGCUGUGACCCCCAGGCCCCACCCCCUGCCCUGCUGAAGGGCUGGGUGAUUGGUCCCCUCUUCCAGUCACUCCGGUCCAAGAUGGCGAGCUUCACGGAGAUUGUAAUGUCACCGACCCGGCUCUUCAGAACCGGCGAGCUGAUGGAGAGAGGAGGAGGAGGAGGAGGAGGAGGGGAGGAGGAGAGAGCAGCAGAAGAGGAAGAUAGAGGGAGGAGCCCUCUAGAGGCGGAGGAGGAACGGAGAGAGUUGAGAGACUGGCAGACAGGCGCUGGACUGACAGGCGGAGUGGAAAUUGCGACAGACGUAGACGUGUUUGAAAAAUGGAGACAGGAAACUAGGUCUGCGCGGGUGGUGCUUGAGAGAGACUCUGUGACAGCAGGGCAGGGCAGCGAGAGAGGCUCCAGAUCACCCGAUGGGUUUGGGGCGCGGUUUAGGGAACCAGCGACGCCGGGAUCGUGUUCUAGGUCGGCGGAGAAGACGAAAGAGGGCGAUGGACUGGGUUCUAGAUUAGCGGAGAAUUUCGAAGAGGGGGUCCAAUUGGGUUCUCGACCGCCCUUGAGAUCUCCAGGAGAGGAUCGGUGGGCGGGUUCCGGAUCUCCAGCCAAACCCGACGGUGCCGCCAGACGGCGUUCUAGAUCGCAGAGGGGAUCGUCUGAAACCGCGGGUCUCGCGGAAGCCUUCGGUGACAACGGCGCAAGUUCUAGAGAGGAAGAAUCUCAAAGGUCUCCUGUUCUAGAUCGCUGUCUAGGCAGUUCUAGAUGGCCCAGUAAAUGUAGGGGCGCUCAUACUUCUGGAGUGGGUUCUGCAGGUAGAAGGACGGGUUCUGUAACGCCAUUAAGGUGUGAAAUCAACUUGGGUACAAGAAUGCCCAUUCAGUCAGCGGGGGCUAGACUGAGGGGCUCUAGAACACUUGAGCAAUCUAUAGAGGAGGAGGAGGAGUUUGGACCACCCACGGAAAUGCCAGUGCGAUCUGUGGGGUUUGAACUGAAAUCCACAGAACGUGCGCAGGGUUCUAGAAAACACCGGAGAUCGCGGCAGGUGUACGAAACUGGUUCUGGAACGCCCACUAAAACGCUGGAGCGCAGAUUGCUGCGUCCCAGAGCACUUUUACACGCCUCUGGAGUUCAGAUGAGUUCUAGAGCAUUUAGUAUGAAAAUGGAAGAGUCCAAGCUGUGUUCUAGACAACUUUUCAAAUCUGCAGCGUCGGAGAGAUUAGGCGCCAGUUCCAAAAGUCAGGAGGUUAGACAGGGUUCCAGAGUGCCUGUCGACUCGUCGGAGCCAGCACCGGUUCUAGAGGCACCUAGGCUGUUGUCGGAAGCUCAGCCUGAUUGUAGAAAGUCUCAGAGAUCUGCAGAAAAAACAGGCCUUCCUGUCCUGAAUGCACUCGAAGGAGAAUGUUCUAGAUCGGACCUUGUUAAAAUCCCUCGCAGUGGACAUUCUAGAACGCCUACAGAAUCCAGUGGAACGAGAAAUAUAAUAAAGGAGGUGCAAACUCAACUGCGUUCCGGAUCGCCUAAUAACCCCACAAACGGAGAAGCAGCAGGUUCUAGACUGCACACAAAAUGUGCCAAGCCCAUGAAAGAAGCGGUGGUCAGACUGGGCUCUAGGUGCAGGAGUGGGAGCGUUUCUAAAGCGGAUACCCGUCCGCGUUCUAGGCGUUCUGGAUUAGCUUUGAGAGCCCGUGACGGGGAGGGGGGAGCAGGGAGACGGCGUGAGAUCCCGCCACUGCGCUCCGGAAACGAAAUGGAAAUCUGCAUCCGGGAGAAAGUUUGCGAGGGGCGGGGAACAAGCGGGAUGAGCUGGGGCAAAGACCUGGGGUCUGAGCUGGAAGUCGCGAGGAAACGCUCUAGAACCCGCGCCAGGCUGCGGGACGAGAACGAGGGGGAGGGAACAGAUAAGAGGACCAGGCUGAGGCAGCUCGGAACCACGAGGGGGGCCAAGACACCCAAACUGGACGCCGAUCUAGAACCGGAGGAGGAGGAGGAGGAGGAGGAGGAGGAGGAGAGAGAGAGGGAGGGAAUCUACAAAAACAGAAAGCGACCUAGAGGAGGAGGAGUCAAUCAUGGGACCCCGACCCGAGAGGACCCUGUUCAGGGAGGUACGACCCCCGAAACUAAACCCCCACGCCUCCUGAGGAGCCACUCCUGCCCCGACAUCCCCUCCUGCCCCGCGGACACCCCCUGCCCCGCCCCCCCCUCCCCCGCGCUCCUCCCCUCGGUUCCCCAGACAGCGGCGACACACAGUCUGCAGCCUGGAGCCAGAGAGGGAGCGGGAGAUCGCCCCCUUGUGUCUGCGCAAGGAAGUCUUCCCAGGGUCCUCCUCCUCUUCGUCCUCCUCCUCCUCCUCCUCGUCCCGCUGCUCCCCCCUCUUCUUCUCCACGCUGGCUUCCUGCUUCUUGUCCAGCCCGUUGGCCUUCCUGUCCAGACGUCACCACGGCGACAACCACCGGGGAGGAGGGGGAGGGGGCAGCGAUGUCACUUCCUCUUCCAGCUCCUCCCCCCGCUUCCCUUUUCCCCGAGCCGCUUCCUGUUCCCAAGGAGUCAGGCGGACCACCUCGUCCCAUCACAGUCCCCAGCGCCUGGAGCAGAGUGGGGGGAGGGGCUUGGACCUCAAACCCAGAGUCCUCACCACGAGAGGAGAGGAGGAGGAGGAGGAGGAGGAGGAGGGAGAGGGGGAAGGAGAGCAGCCCUUCUCCGUGGAGCUGGGAGAGGGAGAGGGAGAGAGGCCGCUGUCAGACUCCAACAUCAAGAUCAAGCAGUCAGAGUGUCCAGGGGAAGGGGGGGCAAAGGGGGGCAAAGUGUCCCGAAUCAGAAUCCGAAAAACACCCCCCAAGCCUCCCACCAACCUGACCCCCAUGGGCCUGCCCAAACCAGUCAGGUUGAAUAAGAAGCAGUUCACUCUUGAGGAGAUUUACACCAACAAGAACUUCAGGAUGCCCCCCGAGGGGUGAGUGACUCUCUUCUUAAUUCCUUACUUUUUUUUUCUUCCUCGUUUUUAAACCUGCACUCAAAUGUCAUUGUCUUUGUGUGUUUCCCUUCUCUCCUCCCCCCUCCUCUUCCUAAACCUCUCCUCUCCUCCCCCUCUCUUCCUAACCUCU